AUGGGGGAAGGCAAAGAAUGGUCACUGGAGGACAUAUUCUGGAUCCGGGGUGGAGGCUUUGCUGCGAGCCGUUGCCGGCUGGGUUCCGGGUGGAAUGUUGGGGGUUCCGUGGGCUGUGUGGUGGCUGCGGGCCCCACGGUGACCGGGCGGACCCUGCGUGGGGCGGUGCCAUGGAGGGGCCGCCGUCCUCCGCAGCGUGGCGUGGGGCUGCUCCUCGGGCAGCUGGGCCAGGUGGUGGCGACGCUGCUGCCCAGGGCCCUGUGUCCACGGCUCCCCUCACAGCCGCCGGCGGAGACCGAGGCGUGUCUGCCCAUCGUCGGCGUCUUGACGGGUCUCUUCUUGACGCUCCGGCUCAUCCGGGCCCUUAGAAGUCGGCUUUACAGAAGACGCGAGAGGUGGCUCGCGGACACUCGGGCUGAGCAGAUCGAGGAGAAAUGCCAACUCGUUGACAAGCUUUACGCGGCCAAGAAGGAGUGUGCGCUGGUCGGGAAGUCUCUGGAGAACGCCCGGCGGGAGGAAGGGCCGGUGAAGGUUCCCGGCCCUGCGGCCGCUCACAGCAAGGUGCGGCCCGACUCCACGGUGAAGGAGCUGACUCCUGUGGCUCGAGACCUGAACGGAGCCAGAGCCGGGCCCCCACGGCCAGAGACGGGGACAGCAAGGGUGCCAGAAGUGGUGAAGUCCCUGCAAGAGGUCACGGGAGCCACCACACCCCCGGGAGCUUCUCCUAACCUGCUUGGAGACCAAGAGCCGAGCCCCGGUGGUCCCUCCCCAGGAGUGGGCCUGGGCCUCAGAGCACCACUGAACCCCCCUCUCCAGGCCUGGGCCUGGGCCUGGGCGUCAGAGCAUCGCUGAACCCCCCUCUCCAGGCCUGGGCCUGGGCCUGGGCCUCAGAGGACCACUGAACCCCCCUCUCCAGGCCAGGGCUUGGGCCUGGGCCUCAGAGCACCGCUGAACUCCCCUCUCCAGGUGGGCCUGGGCCUGGGCCUCAGAGCACUGCAGAACCCCCCUCUCCAGGUGGGCCUGGGCCUGGCCCUCAGAGCACUGCUGAACCCCCCUCUCCAGGUGGGCCUGGGCCUGGGCCUCAGAGCACUGCAGAACCCCCCUCUCCAGGCCUGGGCCUGGGCCUGGGCGUCAGAGCAUCGCUGAACCCCCCUCUCCCGGCCUGGGCCUGGGCCUCAGAGCACCGCUGAACCCCCCUCUCAAGGCCUGGGCCUGGGCCUCAGAGCACCGCUGAACACCCCUCUCCAGGCCUGGGCCUGGGCCUCAGAGCACCACUGAACCCCCCUCUCAAGGCCUGGGCCUGGGCGUCAGAGCACCGCUGAACCCCCCUCUCCAGGCCUGGGCCUGGGCCUCAGAGCACCACUGAACCCCCCUCUCAAGGCCUGGGCCUGGGCCUCAGAGCACCACUGAACCCCCCUCUCAAGGCCUGGGCCUGGGCCUGGGCGUCAGAGCAUCGCUGAACCCCCCUCUCCAGGCCUGGGCCUGGGCCUGGGCCUCAGAGGACCACUGAACCCCCCUCUCCAGGCCAGGGCUUGGGCCUGGGCCUCAGAGCACCGCUGAACUCCCCUCUCCAGGUGGGCCUGGGCCUGGGCCUCAGAGCACUGCAGAACCCCCCUCUCCAGGUGGGCCUGGGCCUGGCCCUCAGAGCACUGCUGAACCCCCCUCUCCAGGUGGGCCUGGGCCUGGGCCUCAGAGCACUGCAGAACCCCCCUCUCCAGGCCUGGGCCUGGGCCUGGGCGUCAGAGCAUCGCUGAACCCCCCUCUCCCGGCCUGGGCCUGGGCCUCAGAGCACCGCUGAACCCCCCUCUCAAGGCCUGGGCCUGGGCCUCAGAGCACCGCUGAACACCCCUCUCCAGGCCUGGGCCUGGGCCUCAGAGCACCACUGAACCCCCCUCUCAAGGCCUGGGCCUGGGCGUCAGAGCACCGCUGAACCCCCCUCUCCAGGCCUGGGCCUGGGCCUCAGAGCACCACUGAACCCCCCUCUCAAGGCCUGGGCCUGGGCGUCAGAGCACCGCUGAACCCCCCUCUCCAGGCCUGGGCCUGGGCCUCAGAGCACCACUGAACCCCCCUCUCCAGGCCUGGGCUUGGGCCUCAGAGCACCGCUGAACCCCCCUCUCCAGGCCUGGGCCUGGGCCUCAGAGCACCGCUGAACCCCCCUCUCAAGGCCUGGGCCUGGGCCUCAGAGCACCGCUGAACCCCCCUCUCCAGGCCAGGGCUUGGGCCUGGGCCUCAGAGCACCGCUGAACUCCCCUCUCCAGGUGGGCCUGGGCCUGGGCCUCAGAGCACCGCUGAACCCCCCUCUCCCGGCCUGGGCCUGGGCCUCAGAGCACCGCUGAACCCCCCUCUCAAGGCCUGGGCCUGGGCGUCAGAGCACUGCUGAACCCCCCUCUCCAGGCCUGGGCCUGGGCCUCAGAGCACCACUGAACCCCCCUCUCAAGGCCUGGGCCUGGGCCUCAGAGCACUGCUGAACCCCCCUCUCCAGGUGGGCCUGGGCCUGGGCCUCAGAGCACCGCUGAACACCGCUCUCCAGGUGGGCCUGGGCCUGGGCCUCAGAGCACCA